CGCGUGGAAAGUGCGGGGUGGACGCGCCGUGACGAUGUUCUUCAGGACCGAUCCCUCGAACUGGACGAGAUAUGAAGAAGAAGCAAAGGCGUCGAGGAAGAGGUUCCUUGCUAAGUUGAAAAGGCAUGAAGUGCAUGUCGACAAUCCAUCGAUAGAGAUUGUUCGGCUUCCAAAAGCGGUGUUCAAUAUGGACCUCAUGGAAUACGCUCAAAAACCGGGUGGACUGCCUCGAGACGUCGUGGUGUUUGAUAUGUUCGAUGUCGACGUGACAUGUGCCAGCAUUACCGAUGGAAUCCUAUGGAGUACUCGUUCCGACGACGACGUCGUUGCACCAUGUCUUGCAGCUAAUGUGGACGAUAUUGUCGAAACGCAACCGAUGGGCAAAAUUGAUAGCCCAUUUGAGCUCGAAAUCGAAUCGACAAUUGAUGUCCAAGGCAUGUCGAUGCCCAUUUACGACGAUGUUACCCUUGCUGGAUCAGACGAAGCCAUUUCAAUAGCUUGCAAUUGGUACGAAGAAUUGAAUCGGCGAGCGGCGUUGGAAGAUUCUGUUGAAACACCGCUCGACACUAUUCCCGUCAAGAUUUCGCAACACGAACCAUCAAUUGUGGCGCAAGACGUUGCGUUCGACAAGGUCGAUGUCCUGGACCCCUUCGACCACCACACCGCCGCUGUCGGAAUAGCGUUCCACCCCACCCUUUUGGACGGCUGCGUUGAACUGACUGGCAUUGAUUGGGAGCACUCUCGCCAGUCGAUUCUGUUUCUCUUUGACGACAUGUCUUGUCCCGACCCAAGGACCUAUCUGGACGUGUUGGUCCCUGCCGCUUCACCGCCCGCGCAUAUGACCAAGCCGCUUGUCGAGAUUGAGCCGCUUGACGUUGGUUCGAACAUGCCAUCAUGCAGGACAUCGACGUCUCUCGACGAAAUGCACGCGACCAUGUAUAAAAGUACCUUGCUCGAUGGCCACCUCGUGCGUCCAACCCCUAAAGCGUUCUCCGUGUCCAUCUUUGACCACACGUCGGCCUGUUCGAAUUUGCAAGACGCGCUGUUUCCACAGCCUACGUCAACUUGCAACGUUCGGAUCCAGCAGUUGCUGCUGCCACCAUCGGCACAUGUCCACCGGUCCCACGACGAAAUCGCAUUUAUCGAGUCGUUCAAAGCGUUCACAAGGGAUAUCUUGGCCGUGUCCCACACACCAGCUCUUCAGCGGAUAUCCCCGUCCACAUUGGCAAUUGACAUGCCUACGUUUUGGCUGACUGCAUCGUCCAACUUUAAGGACAUACUGUUUCCUGACAACGAAGAAGUGAACGAAGGAGCCAUCGUGCCUCAUCAUUGCAAUGCUGGCGGCGAGCUGCAGCCAACUCCACAUCUCAUUGCGCCUGAGGAGCACUCUGUCGAGAAAUCAAACAAGCGGCACAAGCCGGAAGAACCCGCCCAUCGUCGUCGAAAACGAUUGCGCACGCGGUCGACUACAAUUGAGCAUUCCACCGCAAACACCACAUCGAAUGGCCAUGCUGAGGAUUCGUCGUUGAGCCAGUCAAUUUCCCACGCUGCACGUCCGUUGAUUUGGAGUUUAUCGUCCAAAAAGGUCCUGCAGAUUCAAGAAACGCCGUUGAAAUCGGCGUUGCAACAUCUAUCGAUUGGCUCGUUGCGCUCAAAAGUGCAAGCCAAGUACCUGGAUCUGAAACGAAUAAUCCACACGUCUACGACCAUAAACGAAAAGACCCAGCGCGCCGAAAUCAUCCGGGACUUGUUUUAUGUGCAUACGCUGCGAUUAAUGUUGCUCGUGUUGGACGAACAUGGCACUGAUGCGUGCGUGGCGUUCGUGCACACGUGCGUGACAAGGUCGAAAGUUGAACGGGUACUUGGGCCAGCCUAUAUCUUCCGCUUGCGUCACCUUGUUCACCAACAAGAGGAGGACGAGCCUAUCGUUGUCACACCCGAGACAAAGUUCAACACGAACAUCAUCAAUCAAUCUGGACCGUGGCCAAUCUUGAGCAGUGUGGACUUUCCCUUAUCGGAUGACGUGGCAGCCUUAGCCUUGCGACAGGGCGACUGUAUCAACGUGUUUCUUCGAGAGUUGGAUCCUCCAUUGAGCCUCAUCGUGGGACUCCAAACUGGCAUUUGUGUCGUGGAGAAAUCAAUUUUCCUUGAUGACGCUCAAACCAAGGAAUUUGCGUAUCAAAUCGCCCAGAUUCAACACCAGUUUGCAAAGAUAUGGGUUGUUCUAGAAAAUUACCCCCCAGGCUAUGCCAAGGAAACGGAUAAACUCGAGCAGUGCUAUCUUGCAUUCAGUACUGCCGCGAUGGGCUUGUCGAUUCCAGUGGUUUCAAUGAUCAGCAACUCGCCGCUUGACUCGGCAGCGUACAUUCAACAGAUAAUUCGUCAGCCCAACAACACUGUUCCCGAGGAUUUGACAUUUCCCGAAGACGAAAGCCAACUGGAGCGUUUGGUGGCGUCAACCAAAGCCAUGAAUCCGUAUUGUGCCCAAUACUUGAUGGACCGAGUACAGUACUUUAGUACCCCCUUCUUUUUCGCUUCACAAGCAUACAAUUCGAUGUAGAUUUCCCUAGCCGACUUUUUCCAACUUCCAUGGGACCGACUCGACUUGUCCAGAGUUCCAGGCAUUCCAGAGCAUCAGUUGCGCUGCCUCUAUCGCAUUCUCCAGCAGGAUCAUGGACUUGACAUGCAACAAGAGGCGAAUGAGGAUUAACGUCUGAUUAACUGUUAAUGCAAUGGAUUCGCUGAAGAGGAU